CUUUGGUCACCCAAGUUCAAGUUAAUGGAUCAGGGUUAUAUGUCUAUAAAAAGCCUAGCUUGAGUCUUUGUUCAGUGACAUCCUUAUUCUUCUAAUCAGAGAUUCUCCUCCUCAGAAGUUUUACACUAGAUUUGCAAAAUGAUGAGCAUGUCUUUGAUCUGGGGGAUUGUUGCAGCAGUGUGCUGUUGUUUAUGGCUGAUUCUUGGAAUUAGGAGAAGGCAAAAGGGUGAACCACCUCUAGAGAAUGGGUUGAUUCCAUACCUGGGCUGUGCUCUGCAAUUUGGUGCCAAUCCUCUUGAGUUCCUUAGAGCAAAUCAAAGGAAACAUGGUCAUGUUUUUACCUGCAAACUAAUGGGAAACUAUGUCCACUUCAUCACAAAUCCCUUGUCAUACCAUAAGGUGUUGUGUCAUGGGAAAUAUUUUGAUUGGAAAAAAUUUCACUUUGCUACUUCUGCAAAGGCAUUUGGGCACAGAAGCAUUGACCCAAGUGAUGGAAAUACCAGUGAAAACAUACAGGACACUUUUACCAAAACCCUGCAAGGCGAUGCCUUGAAUUCCCUCACCGACGCGAUGAUGGAACACCUCCAGCUUGCCAUGAGACCCGCGGUCUGGUCUCAGCCGCAGGCGGCCGCCUGGGUGACGGAGGGGAUGUAUUCCUUCUGCUACCGCGUCAUGUUCGAAGCGGGGUACUUGACCCUCUUCGGCAGAGAUCUUGCGAGGAAGGACUCACAACGCGCACACAUUCUGAACAAGCUCGACCACUUCAAGCACUUCGACAGGGUGUUCCCGGCGCUGGUGGCCGGCCUGCCCAUCCGCGCGUUCCGGGCGGCGCACCGCGCGCGGGAGCGGCUGGCGCAGAGCCUGCGGCACGAGCGGCUGCGGCGCAGGGCCGGCGUGUCGGCCCUGGUGCGCCUGCGCAUGCUGCUCAACGACUCGGCGUCCACCUUCGACGACCUGGAGAAGGCCAGGACGCACCUGGCCGUCCUCUGGGCGUCGCAGGCAAACACCAUUCCGGCGACUUUCUGGAGCUUAUUUCAAAUGAUUAGGAAUCCUGAAGCAAUGAAAGCGGCUACUGAAGAAGUGAAUAAAACAUUAGAGAAUGCUGGUCAAAAAAUCAGCUUGGAAGGCAGUCCUAUUUGUUUGAAUCGAAUGCAGCUGAAUGACCUGCCAGUACUCGACAGUAUCAUCAAAGAAUCUCUGAGGCUUUCCAGCGCCUCCCUGAACAUCCGGACUGCUAAGGAGGAUUUCACUCUGCGCCUGGAGGACAGAUCCUAUAACAUUCGAAAAGAUGACAUCAUAGCUCUCUAUCCACAGUUAAUGCACCUAGAUCCAGAAAUCUACCCAGAUCCUUUGACUUUUAAAUAUGAUCGAUUUCUUGAUGAAAAUGGGAAGACAAAGACCACCUUCUAUAGUAAUGGACUCAAGUUAAAGUAUUACUACAUGCCCUUUGGAUCAGGAGCUACGAUAUGUCCUGGAAGAUUAUUUGCUGUCUACGAAAUCAAGCAAUUUUUGAUUCUGAUGCUUUCCUAUUUUGAACUGGAGCUUGUGGACAACCAUGUUAAAUGUCCCCCUUUGGACCAGUCCCGUGCAGGCUUGGGCAUUUUACCACCAUUAAAUGAUGUCGAGUUUAAAUAUAAAUUUAAACAUUUGUGAAUAUGUGGUUGGAAAAAGAAAACUCUGGGUGAUAUUACUGGACUGCAGAACACCAUUACUAAACAGCUCCUUUGGACAAAUGCAUUUAUAGUGGUGGAAAUGAUUCAGCAGGUCCAAUUCUGUCCACCGAUGCUUGCUUUGAAUCUUAACAUUUUGGUGAUGAUUUCCAGAUGCUAUCUUAGACUGUGCUAGUAAAUAGAACUACUUUCUGGGAGCACAAUAAUUUGGUUUUAUUUAUAAGUCAAUGAAUGUUCAUAUAGCCAGGGACUGAACUUCAUCAGAGGAAAACAUCUUUUUUUUCUUUUUCAAAAUGAAGAUAUGUAUUUCAAUUGGCAGAAUUUCUUUUUUCCUAAGGAAACUGCUUUAUUUUUAUAAAAACCACUCAAUAAUUAUGAAAAGGGUUCAAAUUCACGUUUUAGUGAAACUGCAUUAUUUUUUGACUAGGGUUGGGGUUCUUCAGGUGUGAUCAUAUAUCACAAAGGAUAUUUUGAAGGAUUAUGCUAUGCCUUUUAAUAAAACAAAUAUUUUUCAGCUUUCUCUAUAUCCACUAUUCAGAGCUUUUAAAAUGAUGAUCUUGAUGUCAGGUUUCAACUAACUUAUCUAUAUUUUUAUUUGAUUCCAUAUUAGUGAGAAGAGUUUUUUUCCAGAGAUUAAAAAAGGAAUUUUUCUGUCAUUAACAAAUAUGCACCAUUGAAAAGAAUGUAGCACUUAUGUGAUACGUUUUUAAAAUUAAAACUGGAUAAAAAUGACCAUUUAAAACUAUGAUUAUGAAACAUUCAGAGUUCAUUAAGUGCAGCUUGACAUUGCAUUUUAUUUAAAUGCUUUUUAUCUCUAAGUAACUUGCAAUUGAAAGAAAAACAAGUCCAUGAGAGUUUAAAUAUUGUGUACAACAAUGCUUUGAUAAA